AUGGUUCAUUAAAGUUUUCCUUUAUAAGAAAAAGAAUUAUAUAAAGAUUUAUUAGAUAAAAAACUAAGACAAAUUACACUUUCACCUGGAGGAAAGUCAAAUUUAUUUAAAGCUUUAGAAAUAACAACUGGAUUAUUUGACAUAAAUGAAUAAAUGAAUAAACUUGAAGAAAUCAAAUAAUUAGAUACAUAAAAAAUAGUCCGAUGA